UUCUAAAUACUCCUCUAAUUUUCUAUCUUCCCUUCUCGUCAGCUCGUCUUCUUUUCUUUGCGUAUCCUCAGAAAUAUUUCUCUUCCUUCUCUCAUUCCCGUCUCCCCUACGCGGCAGCUUGUCUUCUCCGCUCCGCAUCAACCCAGAAGUCUCUCUCUUCCUCCUCUCCAUCUCCCCUUCUCGUCAGCUCGUCGUCUCCUCUCCGAGAGUUCUCCCUCUUCGUCCUUCGAAUCUCUGCUUUGCGCUAGCUUGCCGUCUCCCGUCUCCAUCUCCCCGGAUCUCUCUCUACUUAUCUACCCAUCUCGACUUACCGACCUUCUUUCGCCCUCUUAUCUAUCCCAUCUACAUCAAGAUGCCAGUUGAUCAAGAUACAAUCCACAGCGGCGCGCUUGGGGAUAGCAUGCAAGCCCCAGCUCCUGUGACCGGUCGCACACAUGUGGACCCUGGUGAAUGGGCCGCCCUUGCGCUCGGUAUGGAUUGGGCCUGUGCUAAACGGGGCAGCCAUUUCAAGACCAGCCUUCUACAAGCCCUGUCAAAAAUGCCACCGAGGCGGGAACCUACCGUCCGCCUGCGCUUGUUCGCGCAUGGGCUCGACCUUAUGCAACGAAUCGGAACGCGAAAACAGAAUGUCGAGGCUUUCGCCAUUCAAACGGUGGGUGAUGUCGCGCUCAGCCCCUGCAUCCAUUGUGAGCAAGGGAAUGGUCCUUUCCCAACCUGUGUCACGAUCCCAUCUACAUUUGGACAGCUAGCAUGCGCAGCAUGCCACUGGGACAACCAGGGAAGCCGUUGCAGUUUUGUCGCCGUUGACGAUACUUCCGACGUCGCAGAAAUUUCCGCUCGUCCCGUUACGCAGCCCAAGGAUGUUGUGCAAAAACAGCAUGGCAACAUGAUGAGAAAGCUCACAUCCUUGAAGGAUGAGCAGGUUGAGUUGGCCGCGAUGAUGUCCGAAAUCAAUGACUUCAUCGACACCACAUCCCGGACCAUCGACAUGGCGUUCAGGACCCUCAAUGCGCUGAAGCGUAUGAGCGGAAAGAUGGCUCAUAGCGUCACCGCUCAUGGACAGAAGAUCGCGGAGCUCGAGCAGCAGAUCGAAGCCAACGCUGCCGAGCUGUUUCAGUGCAUGGGUGCCGAUGAUGAUGCUAACUCCCAGUGAUCGCAACCUUCGCUUGUAGCUAUUCGCUAUUCCUUGCCUGCACCCAAAGAUUAUCAGGCCUGUUCAUGAUGCCCUCAAG